GCAAAGUGAAAACAGUGCUGACGAAGGGAUUGGCAAGUGUUGGUAAAACAUUUCAAACAAAGUUGUUCAUGGUAGAUUGGGCAAAACAAAAAUCCAACAAAGAGAUAGACUUGAUUGUGUCACUUAACUUUGAUGCGCUGAAAUCAAGAAAGGAAGAUCAAAGUCUCAAAGAUCUGAUUCGUCAGUCCCUCAAUGAGGAUGAACAAAGAGUUUACAACUACAAACAGUGUAAAGUAGUUUUUGUCCUUGAUGGCUUGGAGACAUGUGAACUUCCUCUGGACUUCCAAAAGAACGAGAAACUGACGGAUAUCAAAAAGAAAGCCUCGAUGGAUGUGCUGCUAACAAACCUCCUCAAGGGGAAUUUGCUUCCCUCUGCUAAGCUGUGGAUCCUCUCCCAACCAUCAGGAGUUAACAAGAUUCCUCCUGAUUACAUUAAGAAAGUCACAGAAUGCCGAGAGACAAAGCGAUGGCAGAAGCUGACUAAAGCCCUGCGUGAAAGAAUUCUCAGAGAAAACCCUCAAGAAGAAGACAUUGAUCAUCCAAACCAGAAAAACAUAGAGCAUGUUGUGAGAAAAGAUCGAAGUGGUGAGGAUGAUAGUGAAGAGAAAAAUGGACACACUCAAGCUAAAUCUCUGACACGAGUCAAUGGAGGAUCGGACAUCUUUAUAGAAACAAACGGGAAAAAAAUCAGAACUGUGCUGACCACCACAGAAGCUGGAAUAGAAAAAUCUUUCCAUGUGCAGAAAUUCUUAAGAGAGUGGGCGAAAAAUGACAGGAAGUCACCUUUAAGGGAUAACAUCAUAAUUCAACUUAACCUCCUAAAGCUGAAUUUCAAAGAAGAAGUCAGUUUGAUGGGACUUCUUAAUCGUUUCUUCAAUGAAACUAAAAGAGUUGUGAUCUCUACCUCUGACCAGUUCCCAGUGUUAUUUGUCUUGGAGGGUUUAGAAGUUUACCAACCUGCUCUUGACUUUGACAUUAAAGACACAGUAACUGAUGUCAGGGAGCCAGCUUCACUGGAUGUGCUACUGACGAACCUCAUCAGAGGAACCCUGCUUCCUUCUGCCAGAAUCUGGAUAACCUUCCCACUGAAGUUGCCUGAUGCGUGUGUCGACAGGAUCACACAAAUACGAUGCAAGCCUGAUAUUGCAAGUCAAAAGAUGCUCAAAUCUCAGCUGAAGGAGGAAUAUUCCCAUGUACCUGAGGGGACCGAUAUGCAGAAACCCUCCGCUCUCCUGAAUGAGAUCUACACAGACCUCUACAUUAUUGAGGGAGAGAGGGGAGAGGUCAAUGCUCAGCAUGAGAUCCGACAAGUUCAAGAUGCAAAGUUCAAACCAGAGGGAGAAGAAAUAAUGAUUAAAUAUCAUGACAUCUUCAAACCUACUCCUGGAGUAGAUAUACCCAUUAGAACUGUGCUGACGAUGGGAGUGGCCGGCAUCGGAAAGACGUUUGCCACAAAGAAGUACAUGCUGGACUGGGCUGAGGACAAGACCAACGGGGACAUAAAUUAUAUGUUUCCACUCUCUUUUAGGGAACUAAAUUUGAGAAAAGAGCAAGAGCUCAGUUUGGAAGAACUCCUUCAUCAGUUUUUCCCAACUAUGAGGACAUCAGAAAUAAUGAACUAUAACCAGUACAGAAUCCUGGUUGUCCUGGAUGGUCUUGACGAAUGUCGCCUUGAUCUUGACUUCAACAAAAGAACAGAAUGGAAAGAAAUGACAAAGCGAACCUCAAUCGAUGUUCUGCUGACAAACCUCAUCCAAGGAAACCUGCUUUCCAAAGCUCAGAUCUGGAUCACCUCCCGACCUGCAGCAUCCAACCACAUCCCUGCUGAUAAAGUAGACCGCGUUACAGAGGUACGAGGAUUCAAUGACGAGCAGAAGGAGGAGUAUUUCAGGAAGAGAUUCAGUGAUAAAGAGUUGGCUGAGAAAAUCUUGUCACAUGUCCAACAAUGUCGGAGCCUUUACAUCAUGUGUCACAUCCCUGUCUUCUGUUACAUCACGGCGAAGGUUCUGGAGGACUUUGUGAUCAGAAAGAUGGAAGGAAGGAUGCCCAAGACAAUGACUGACAUGUACAUACACUUCAUAAUGUUGCAGUGCAGACAGGCGAAUGUGAAGUACGGGGAAGAGGUGACAGUUGAGACUUAUGACGAGCCUUCGUGCUGGAAUACAACAAACAAGGAAACAAUCAUGUCUCUGGGAAAAUUGGCUUUUGAUGGGCUCCAGGAAGGAAACCUUCUGUACACCGAAGAGAACUUGACAGACUGCGCCGUUGACAUCGAAAAAACUGCCGUCUUCUCAGGAUUGUUCACACAGGUCACACGAGAAACCUCUGGGCUGUACCCACACAAAUUGUUUUGCUUUAUCCAUCUGAGCGUUCAAGAGUUCCUGGCAGCUUUUCACGUCUUUCUACAAUUCAAUAACACAGGAGAAAAUCUGCUUGCGGUGCCUUCUCCAACUGUUGGAGACUCGCCUGCAGACUUCUACAAGACAGCAGUGGACAAGGCUUUAGACAGUAAAACUGGAGAAUGGGAUUUGUUCCUCCGUUUCCUGUUAGGCUUGUCUCUGGAGACAAAUCAGAAUCUACUGGAAGAACUGCUGAAGAAGACAAAAGAUAACGACAAAAUCCACAAGGAAACCAUCGGGUACAUAAAAGAAAAGAUCAGGGAAGAGAAUAGUGAUGCUGAUAAGAAUCUCAAUCUGUUCCACUGUCUGAAUGAGCUGAAUGACCACUCUCUUGUAGAAGAAGUGAAAGCGUACCUGCAAUCAGAGACAGCCACAUUUGAAGAGUUCUCCACCUCCCAGUGGUCAGCUCUGACCUUUGUGCUGCUCACAUCAGAUGAGAAGUUUGAUGUGUUUGAUCUGAAAAGGUACCUGAAAUCAGAGAAAGUUCUUUUGGGAAUGUUGCCGGUGGUUAAAGUCUCCAAAACAGCUUUGCUGAGCUGGUGUGAGCUCUCUGAGGAGUCCUGCAGAGGUCUCACGUCCUCAGUGUUCUGCUCCCCGUCCUCUAAUCUGACAGAGCUGGACCUGAGUCAUAACGACCUGUUGGAUUUGGGUGUGGAGAUGCUUGCGGGAGGCCUGCAGAGUCCACAUUGUAGGCUGGAGAUUCUCAAGCUGUUAGGUUGUCAGGUGACGGAGAAAGGCUGCUCCUCCCUGGCAUCUGCACUCAAGUCCAAUAAGGCCUCCACCCUAAAACAGUUGGAUCUGAGCUACAAUCACCCGGGAGUCAAUGGGAAGGCAAUGCUGAAGGCUAUAGUUGGAGAUCCAAGAAUGAGCUUGAAGAAACUCUGUUUGGACCACGAUGGAGCACAUCGGUUAAAGGCAGGACUGAAGAAGUAUGGCGAUGAUCUGAAGCUGGAUGAAAGUACUGCAAGCAAGAGGCUCAGUCUGUUUGAUGGAGGCAGGAAAGCAAAAACUGUACAACUGGUGAAGGAGAAAGUAGAGCAUCCUAAAACCAACAACAGAUUUAAGAGGACUCAGGUGUUUUGUGAGAAAGGCCUAAACGGUCUCUGCUACUGGGAGGUGGAGUGGCAAGGGGAGGUCGGUAUCGCAGUGGCAUACAGUACGGUGGGUAGAAAAUGGGACAGAAGUGGUGGCCUGGGAUGCAAUGAGGAGUCCUGGAGCCUGCUCUGCUCUGGGACUAGAUACACUGCAAUUCAUGGAAAGACGUCCAAAGAUGUCAAACCCAACAACAGAAAGACAUCCAAAGAUGUUGAGCCUAACAUCAAAAAGACGUCCAAAUGUGUUGAGGCUAACACGAAGAGGACGUCCAAAGGUGUUGAGCCUAACAUCAAAAAGACUUCCAAAAGAGUUGAGGCUAACAUCAAGAGGACGUCCAAAGGUGUUGAGCCCAACGACCAGAAGAAGUACGAAGAUGUUGAACCCAACAAUGGGAAGACAUUCAAAGAUGUUGAGCAUAAGGACAAGAAGACAUCUCAAGAUGUUGAGCCCAACGACCAGAAGAAGUACGAAGAUGUUGAGCCCAACAAUGGGAAGACAUUCAAAGAUCAUAACGACGAGAGUACAUCCAAAGCUGUUAAUCUUAAAGAGAACGAGCACUGCUGCAAAAAAAUAGGUGUUUUUCUGGAUUGGGAAGCCGGUACUCUGUCUUAUUACUGUGUCAAACCUGAAAAGAAGGUGCUCAUACACACCUUUCAUAACAAAUUCACAGAACCUGUCUUCCCAUGCUUCUGGUUUAAGACAGGCUCUGUGACUUUGUGUAGUGAUCCGUAGAUGAUCUACACUAUUAUAUUUCAAAGCCAUGAGGUGAAAAUCAUUUCAAAACCAUGAGGGGGAAUGCGGACAGGUUUAAGAAAUGUAUAUUUUCUACCCGACGUUAAUAGAUUUUAGCCCAUUGAGGUCCUGUCUUUACAAGCUGCUUCAUCGUUUAAAUAAAACUACUUCUUCACCAAACCUUUGAAACUGAGGUAAACAUUGAGUUCUAGGUCCACAUGACAGACAGCAUAAAAGCAACAUACCUGUUUGAUUCAAUUAGAAUAUUUCCUGUUAAUUGACAACACGUUCAGACAUUACACAGGCUGUCACACCUGUAUGUCAAGUUGAGUUUUCGUCCUGUCUCCACGGUUGUUUUGUGACUUCCUGUUUUAUUUUGGAAAUGAACUCUCCUCUCGUUUCAGGUUCCUUGCCCUUCCUCAUGUGUCACCCCCGAUUCCUGAUUGUUUCCACCUGUUCACACACUUCCCUCAUGUGUACUUAUAGUCUGCGUCUCCCCUUGUCCUGUGCCAAGUGCGUCAUGUCAGUUUGUCCUGCACAUCCGAAUUGAGUAUUCUGUUGUAUCCUCGGUAAGAGAGAUUUUGGUUUUUGCAUUUGAUUUUUUGAACGUUUCAGCUCUUCAUUUAUUCAGAGCAAUUUACGCUUUCCCCAUUGUUUAGUAUUGCCCAGCGCUACUGGUCAAGCGGAGUGUUUCCCCCGUCCAUCCCUCUUCGGAGGAGUUUUUUGUUUCCAAAGUUUCUCCUGAUUUUUGUUGGAGAAUAAAAGAACUGUC